AUGAUAUUCCUCCACAGACUUCGUGCAUAUCUGCUGUUGGCCAGUCUUAUAGCUUCGGCCACUGCUACUACUGCUGCCCGGGAUCCUUGUGCUGUUAUUGGGGGUCAGAAAUGGGUCGCUCCUAAGGACCUUCGAGCUUGCUUUACAUCAGUCAAAGUAGACCCAGUGAUAAAGGACAAUAUCAUCCAAGUCAUAAACAAAACACUUGGUUUCCACACAUCAGUUAACUACGAAUUCAAGGCUCCAGAACCAUUCACUGCUGAUGUUCACGAGGACCUCCUUGGAGAUCUGGCGCGCAUCCAGAAGCAAAACUAUCCAUCUGAUUACGACCUUCAUAUCGAUUUCUCGCGAACUCUGAAACGUUUGAACGAUGGUCAUUGUGUAUGGGUUAAUAACUGCUAUGUAACACUGUUUUUGAACUUUUUACCGACUCCUUUGGCCCUCUUGACCGAGGCUGACGGGUCACAGAAUGUGCAUAUCGCACCGGAGGCCUUUACGGUUGCAUCUGCUGAAUUCCCAGAUCAAAUAGAUGUGUGGCAAAAUGCAUUACCCGGUCCUUUGAAGGGAAAAUUAUCUACUCUUUCUGGGGCGAAAGUGUUGCAAAUCAACGGACAAGACCCUUUCGUGGCAGUUAAUGCCAACGCAUUGAUUACCGGAAGCUUUCAGGCUCUUGGAACGCGACAGAAUUCAUUUUUCUCAAGUUAUCAGCGAAGUACAACAGGAUGGAAUUAUGUCAUGGGGAAUUUUGCGCAACAGUCUCUGCCGCUGAGCGAUUCUGUUACUUUGACGAUUGUGAGGGUCAACCAUACUCUCCCAGAAGUGGUUGUGUUGCCAUAUAGGGCUCGCAUAGGCUCUGCCACCCAUAAUUUCACUGACACGGCUUCAUGGCGCGCUAACAACUGUGUCGCCAUUGAUGGUACGAACGGAGUAGACGCAUACGCCUCGUCAUCCACUACCAACUCCGUGAAUACACCUUUGAUCAAAUUCCAACAACAACCGCCUGUGCCUGCUGCAGUCUCGCGCAAGCGCGCUGUGAAUGUGAUGCUCGACACUUCCCCACCAUCCGACGUUGUCCUCCCUCCCGGUCUGCAGCCAUCAUUACCAGCUAUUAAUGGCAGCAGGAGUGUUUCACAGUUCUACAUGCUGAAGGAUGGCAAGACAGGUGUCAUGGCUCUCGGCAGCUUCUCAGAUUCGGAUUUCAACACCUUUUUGCUAGGAAUGCUCCAAGGACUGCUCUCCCUGAAGUCCUUAGGGGCAACACAAUUGAUCGUUGACGUUUCCAACAACGGAGGUGGAUUUAUCUGUGCAGCACAUUGGCUCCAUCGUAUAAUUGCAGGUCCCAAGUCAACGACUAUCCCCCAGGCAGGGCUAGACACGAAAGCUAGAGACGGACCCCUAGCUCAGCUUAUAGUCAAGCAAAUCGUUAACGCCAACGCAGACCCCCAAGAUCUCCUCAUGUACAACCCUGUUAACUGGGCAAAUGCCAGCAACAUUUUCUUUGCUCCCGGGACUGACUGGUUGCAGCCUCCCGUCAAUACAGUAAUCAACGGCCGUGCUGAUGCUUUUAGUCAACGCCUCGGAGAGGAGUGCUCCCCUGACAGUUUCCCUACUGCGCCACCAGAUCAAGCAUUGUUUGAUCCCAAAAAGGUCGUCAUUGUUUCGAACGGAAGAUGUGCUAGCUCGUGUUCCUUGUUUAGUGUCACCAUGAACAAGAAAGAAGGAUCAAAGACUGUCGUACUUGGAGGUAAAAAGGAUGUCCAGCAGCAAUACUGCGGCACUGUCGGCGGACAAUCCACCGAUUUCUCGACAAUGGACACAGAAGUUAAGACUACCCAUUUGAAGAACAACUCGUUGGCGCCACCAGACCUACUUGUAAAUGGAGUUCAAGGUAUUACGUGGAGGCUAGGCUUUGGAGUAAAUGACCCUACUCAACCAGAAGAAUGGCAAGCACGACCUGCCGAUUUGAACCUUCCGAUUACGGCUGAUAUCGUAAACAACCCCGUCGCGAUCUGGGAAAUCGUGGCGAAAAAGCUGUUGCAGUAA